GUGGUGCGCAUGGUGAUGCGGCACCACGAGGAGCAGCGGCAGCGGCAGGAGCGCGCCAAGCGCGAGGAGCAGGCCAAGCUGCGGCGCCUGGCCGCCGCCAUCGCCCGCGAGGUGCGCCACUUCUGGAGCAGCGUCGAGAAGGUGGUGCAGUUCAAGCAGCAGUCGCGGCUGGAGGAGAAGCGCAAGAAGGCGCUGGACCUGCAGCUGGACUUCAUCGUGGGGCAGACGGAGCGCUACUCGGACCUGCUGAGCCGCAGCCUCAACGCGCUGCCGCGGCCAGGUUCUGCAGAGAGCCCCCAGCGCCCCCUGGGGGACCUCCUGGGGACCCUCCCCCACCCGCAGGUGCUGGGCGCCCCCCGCGCCCCUCCCCCGCCCUGGGCGCCGCGGGACGAGGACGAGGAGUUCCAGGCGCACGAGGAGGAAGGUGAGGACGAGGAGGACACGAUCGCGGCCCAGGAGCGCCUGGAGGGCGACGUCGAUCACCAGCAGGAGCUCGACGACCUCGCCAGGGAGGGUGCGCUGCCCAUGGAGGAGCUGCUGCAGCGUUACCGCGGCGCCUUCACCGACUCCGACUGCGACUCCGCCCCCGGCGCCAGCAGCACGCGCUCAGACUCACCUGGCGGCGACAGCGACGACGACGACGACGAGAGCGGCGACGACGCCGACGAGGCCGACGACGAGGAGGAGGAGGAGGAGGGCGAGGCCCAGGAGGGCGGGGCCGCGGCGCCGCCAGGUGAGGGGCGAGGGGGCGGGGCCGGGGGCGGGGCCGCCGCCGCCGCGGCAGAGCCCGCCCCCGCCCAGGUGACGCCGGCCACGCCCGCCCCCGCCGGCCCCGCCCCCAAGAAGGAGAUCAGCGACAUCGCGGCGGCGGCGGAGAGCCUCCAGCCGAAAGGGUACACGCUGGCCACCACGCAGGUGAAGACGCCCAUCCCUCACCUGCUGAGGGGCACCCUCCGCGAGUACCAGCACAUCGGCCUGGACUGGCUGGUGACCAUGUACGAGAAGAAGCUGAACGGGAUCCUGGCCGACGAGAUGGGGCUGGGCAAAACCAUCCAGACGAUCUCGCUGCUGGCGCACCUGGCCUGCGAGAAAGGUAGCUGGGGCCCUCACCUGAUCAUCGUCCCCACCUCGGUGAUGCUCAACUGGGAGAUGGAGCUCAAGCGCUGGUGCCCCGGCUUCAAGAUCCUCACCUACUACGGGGCGCAGAAGGAGCGGCGCCUCAAGAGGCAGGGCUGGACCAAGCCCAACGCGUUCCACGUGUGCAUCACCUCGUACAAGCUCGUGCUCCAGGACCACCAGGCGUUCCGCCGGAAGAACUGGAAGUACCUGAUCCUGGACGAGGCCCAGAACAUCAAGAACUUCAAAUCCCAGCGCUGGCAGUCGCUGCUCAACUUCAACAGCCAGCGGCGGCUGCUGCUGACGGGCACGCCGCUGCAGAACUCGCUGAUGGAGCUCUGGUCGCUGGCGCUGCUCCCUCACCUGUGUGCCCUCACCU